AGCACCCUCAUCGCCGCCUGUGCCGCCGCCGCCGCUGCUGCUGCUGCUGCUGCCGUCGCCGCAGCCGCCGCCCGCAGCAUGGCGCCCGCCUCUGUCAAGCUCAGCCUCUUCGAGCCGCUCGUCUACCUGCGCGGCCAGUCGGCCACGGGCGAGGAUGCGCGCGGGCGCCGCCGCCAGGUCGACUUUGAGGCCCCGCCGGCGCAGCUGCGCGGGCUGCUCGUGCUCACGCUGCCGCGCCCCAGCCGCAUCAAGGAGAUCAGCGUAGAGCUGCGCGGCACGGCGCGCACCGACUGGCCCGAGGGCAUCGGCUCGAACCGCCUCGAGCUGGGCGAGGAGUCCGUCAUCAUCAGCCAGACGGUGUCGCUCUUCCACGCGCGCUCGUCGGACCUGCUGCCGCGCCGCCGCGCACAGAGCAUCGGGCCGGGCAUCUCCUCUGCCGACGUGCAUGCACGCGGCGCCGCGGCGGAGGACGGCCGCGUCGCCGGCGCCUUUGCCACGCCGACGUUCAGCAGCACCAUCGAGGGCUCGUCGGAGGAGCGCGCCGGCCUCGCGCGCGUGGCGCAGGUGGCCGCGCGUGCCGGCAGCUCGCUGCUGCCGCAGGCGCUGAUCCGCGAGCUGCAGGGCGAUAUGCCGCACGGCAGCUCGGGCGCGUCGCUGUCGUCGGGCCGGCGCUCGGGCACGUCGACGCCCAAGAGGCCGUCGAUGCGCCGCGCCGGCAGCGCAGGCAGCGGCGGACCCGUCUCCGGCUCGUCUCUCACGACCGCCAGCUCGCACGCGAGCAGCAGCUUCUCGCCGAGCGCCAGAGGCGUCCCGUCGCCGCAGAGCUCUGCCCUCUCUGCAGCGCCUCUGCGGCCGCGCAGCCCGCUGGUCUCGCCGCCGCUGAGUGCCCAGGGCGAGCCGCCGCCGUCGUACACGCCCAACGCGCCGCCGCGCACGGCUUCGCCGAGCCCACUUAGGCCUACCUUGCCCAUCGCCGCUCCCACCUCGCCGCAGUCGAACCACGCCGCAGGCCCGCAGAGCCGCAGCAUUCUGCACCCGGCAGGCCGGCAGGAGCGCAACGCCAGCAGUCCGAGCACCGAGCGCGGCGCUGUGCGCUUCGGCCAGGGCCCGCCGCCGGGUGCUGCAACGCCCGAGGCUGAGACUGCUGCACCCGCAUUCCCGAGCGCUUCGAUGCAGCGCAGCGGCAGCCUGCAGUCGCAGCGGUGGGGCAACGCCACGUCGGCACCCAGCACGCCGUCCGUGAACCACACAUUCAACCCGUUUGCGGCGGAGAGCUCGACUUCAACCUCACGGCGCCGCAGCACGGACAGAAGCAUGGAGCCCGCCGCAAACGCGCCGCUGCCCGCAGCGACGAAGCCAAAGGCCAAGAAGGGCGGCAUCAAGAGCCUGCUGGGCGGCUUGCUCAAGGAGGCCGACAAGCACCGCGACGACGAGCGCGAGACGCGCGAGCGCGACAAGGACGAGGAGGGCGGCGUGUGGCGCGAGUUUGCCAAGGGCACGUACACCUACCCGAUCUCUUUCCCGCUGCCGGCCGCGCUGCCGCCGACGCUGCAUGCAGACUUUGGCUCGAACGUCUACCAGCUGCGCGGCCUCGUGGUGCGCUCUGGUGCGCUGACGCCGAAUCUGGCGGCCGAGACGGAGGUGGUGCUGGUACACGCGCCUGACGAGGACGGACGCGAGGAGACGGAGAGCAUCGUCGUCGAGCGCACGUGGGAAGACAGCCUGGCCUACGCCGUCGUCAUCUCGGGCAAGUCGUUUCCCGUCGGUGCGACCAUUCCGCUCUGGCUGCGCCUCGUGCCCAUCGACAAGUGCCGCGUGCAUCGCGUCGUCGCUACACUCGAAGAGCGCACGGAUUACUUCGCCAAGGGCCGUCGCAUCGCGCGCCACGAAGUGCCGCGUCGCUGGACGCUGCUCAAGCUCAUGUCGCCAGUGGCGGGCGAGCCUCUGCUGCCCAUCACCUCCGAGUCGCCCGACGCGCUCUCUAUACAUCCGCUCACGCCGUACGCGCAAGCCGCGGCGCUCUCGUACGCCGAGGCAGACCGCCACGAGGGCCUAGGCAACCCGGCCUCGCUGCUCGACCCGCUCGGCCCGUGGGAGAUGGCUGCGGAACUGCAGGUGCCGAUGGGCACGCGCAUCAACAUCUCGACAAACCACGCGCGCUCAAACAUCGCCGUGCGCCACAUCGUGCGCCUCUCCAUCCGUGUUGAGAAGGUCGGCGCGGGGCGCACGACGGGGCCUGACGGCAAGCCGCAGCUGUUCGACAUCAACAUCGAGUGCCCGCUGGCGCUGACGCACUCGCAGACGGCGCAUGCCUGGCUGAGCCUGCCGGACUACUGGAGCCUGCCGGCGGCGCGCGACGACGAGCUGACCGUCGUCACGGCGCCCGACGGCGCGCUGCCCCCGGAUCUCGCCGGCACUCAGCGCGCCAGUGUCGCUGUGGGUGCCGAGACUGCUCCGCGCUCGUCGCCGCAGCAGCGCGUGCCGCUGCCGACGGUGCGCAAGAUGAGCAACGGGCCGAGCUCGCCAGCGACCAGCGUGCCUCUCUCCGCCGCGCGCCAUGCCGAGCUGCGGUCGGCGCGCCGCGGCGUCAACAACGUCACGGCGGCGACGCGCGACGCCGGCGGCC